AUGAUCGGUGGCGGCGUCGCGACCCCUCCUGGUACUGCCAAGUCGGCGGCUGCGAUCGACAGCGAAAUGGUACAGGUCGACGGCAUUGGCAGUGGUAGUGUCAGUGGCAGUGCUAGUGGUAGUGGUAGCCCAGCAACGGGCGCAAUUACCACGCGUCUCACGAACAAUGGCAGUAGCGGUACCAAUAACAAUAAUAAUAACGGAGAGAUUAGUAUCAACAAUAAUGACGGACAUGGAGUCGCGAAUUGCACCGGUACGACCGCCUCAAGCGCAAGCGACAAGUUCUGCUGCCAGGACGAAGACGUUCCCGCCAGCACUGGUGUUGCCCGACCUUGGGAACCACCGUCACCGACCUUCUCCCAGACGAGAUCGCACCUGCUGCAGGUACAUCCACCGCACCAUCACCAUCCGGCGGCGCAUCAUCAGUUGAAUGUACCUGCUUCCCUGAUCGAUGGUGUGAAUUUACAAAAUUGUACGGCCGGUCCUUUCGCUAGCGGCAAUAACGGCAACGCAUCGCGGCAACGUCUAAUCGAAUUGUCACAUGGAUUAGGAGCACUCAGGCAUUACAACGAUCUCGCCAAUCACGUGUUGUCAUUAAACCAACAGGGCGCAGUCGUUACAAAACUUUUAGGUACGUUGCGCCCACCGGGUCUGAUCGGUGGCAGUAAGCCGAAAGUAGCGACACCGGCUGUCGUCGCUAAGAUCGAACAAUAUAAAAGGGAGAAUCCGACUAUCUUCGCUUGGGAAAUCCGGGAGAGGCUAAUCUCCGAAGGGGUUUGCAGUAACGCGACAGCGCCGUCGGUUAGCAGCAUCAAUCGGAUAUUGCGAAACCGCGCGGCUGAACGCGCGGCCGCGGAAUUCGCGCGUGCCGCUGGUUAUGGCCUGUAUGCGGCCGCUGGACCGCAUCCAUAUUUCAAUUCGCAUCAGCAUCCGACGACCAGCCAUCAUCUACCGGCGGGCUGGCCGGCGCCGGGAGCAGCCGGACACCCGUGGAUGCUACCGCCUCUUGCCACCGGUAUAUCCGGCGCGUCCGCUUUGCUUUUACCACCGUCCCUGAGUCCCGGUGCGGCUGCCGCCGCAGCCGCGUCUGCGUCCGCGGGCACUUCCGAACACGCACUUCAUGCCGCCGACGCGAUCGCUCGUGGAUAUUUGCAAGAUGGCGACGGCGAUGACGGAAGCUUAGAUGGUUCGGAGCAGCCAAAGUUCCGGCGUAACCGCACGACAUUCAGCCCGGAACAACUCGAGGAACUCGAAAAGGAAUUCGAGAGAUCGCAUUACCCGUGUGUGUCGACGCGCGAACGUCUCGCCUCGAAAACGUCGCUCUCGGAAGCCCGCGUUCAGGUUUGGUUUUCCAACAGACGGGCAAAGUGGCGUCGUCACCAGCGCAUGAACCUCUUAAAGCGCUCGCCACCACCGCCUCCACCACCACCACCACCGCCGCAGCCGCAGCCGCCGCCGCAGCAACCGCACUCCGCUACGUCCACUAUCGGCCAGCGUACGUCCAGCUGCUCCAUCGCCGGCAUGGGCGGCGAAAGUAGCGCGUUUCGCGCGGUCGUCGCUAAUUCCGUAACCAGGGACACCGGUCUCGAUCGACCCGAGAGGAUCGACAGGCACGAGUCAGUACCGAAGCAACCGGAAAGGAAACCUAGCGCCUUCCGGAUGAUCAGUCAACUAGUGGGUGACGACUCGUCCGGUCUUUCGAGACCGACCAGUCCCGUGUACGAUCAGCGGCAAUCAUCUGGUCUUGGUCCGCGUCCAGGAUCGGCGCAUAGGAUACGCUACGAUCAAAACGAGGACGAAGACGAGGAGAUCGACGUUCAGGACUCCGACCAGGACGUACCGUCAUCGCCACCGGUCGCUUGGAGAGAUCAUUGGACUGACCAACAACCGUUGGAACUGACGAAGCAUGAUCGCUGAACGAGGUGUGAUAUCUUAGUUUUGAUUUCGAGUGACGUGGAUCCGAAGUGAUGUUUUCGCAAAAAAAGAAAAAAAAAUCAAGCGGUCGCAUUACAGCUUUUAUUGAAUUGAAAAAAUAUUGGCUGGACACACACAAAUCGCGUGGAUCAGAUAACUACUAGUGUUCAAAGUGUGUUGCUGCACAGUUUUUUUUAAUCUAUUGUUGACCGAUAAGAGUGUAAAAGUGACGAAAAUGUUUUUUUUUUAAGUGCGCCAAGUACAAAAAAAUCACGAAAAAUAGUAGAUAUUAGUAAACCGCAAAACAUCGAUCCGGAAUCGACGUAUCAGCACGCGAGUGAUCAAGUGCUGCAGAUAACGUGCUGCAUCUUCA